AUGGGGAUGGGCAUGUCCAACUGCAAGGCUGACAUCGUGAUGUUGGUCCAAGGAUCUUACAGGAUUUCCAAUCAACAAUUCAGCAUGGUGAAGUCCUUUCUAAGUAAAAUAGUCAACAACUUCGACAUCGGCCCUGACAAAGUCCAGAUCGGUCUGGUUCAGUAUAGUAGGGACCCAAGGACCGAGUGGGAGCUGAACACCCAUCAGACUAAACGAUCCCUGCUGAAGGCCAUAAACAGAGUACAAAAAUUAACUGGAGGAAAGGCUCUGCAGCACGUCCUCAGUAACAACUUUAAACCCGAUGUGGGAAUGCGUGCAGACUCACCAAAAAUCGUUCUCCUGAUUACUGAUGGAGCAUCUCAGGACGAUGUAUUCUUUGCAUCACAGUACCUGAGAGACAGCGGCAUUGAGAUCCACGCUAUUGGUGUUAUGGGUGCUGAGGAUUCAGACCUGUUAGUAAUCACAGCAGAUCCUGCACAUGUGUACCUGGUCUAUGACUUCAAUGCCCUCCACGACAUUGUGAAUGGCCUCACAAUAAACAUCUGUGCCGACAGCAGCUUAGUCAUCCUAGAUGUACCUGGAACGCUGGACCGGGCACACCGCCUUGCCUCCCGACCAGGCCUCGGUGUGAGGCCUGGUCGGGAGGCAUCACUUCAGGGUUCUCUGUGUGACAGCAAGGCUGACAUCGUGAUGUUGGUCGAAGGAUCUUGGAGCAUUGGUUCACACAUCUUUUACACCUUGAGGUCCUUUCUCAGCAAAAUAAUCAGGAACUUCGACAUCGGCCCUGACAAAGUCCAGAUCGGUCUGGUUCAGUAUAGUAGGGACCCAAGGACCGAGUGGGAGCUGAACACCCAUCAGACUAAACGAUCCCUGCUGAAGGCCAUAAACAGAGUACAAAAAUUAACUGGAGGAAAGGCUCUGCAGCACGUCCUCAGUAACAACUUUAAACCCAAUGAGGGAAUGCGUGCAGACUCACAAAAAAUCGUUCUCCUGAUUACUGAUGGAAGAUCCACGGACGAUGUAUCCCUUGCAUCACAGUACCUGAGAGACAGCGGCAUUGAGAUCUACGCUAUUGGUAUUGGUGUUCAGGGUGCUAAGCUGUCACAGCUGUUGGAAAUCACAGCAGAUCCUGCACAUGCGUACAUGGUCAGGAACUUCGGUGCCCUCCACAACAUUGUGAAUGACGUCACCAUAAACAUUUGUGCCAACAGCAGCUUAGAUCACCUCGAGGAUCCUCCACAGUUAUCACAGGAGCCUGGCGCACAUCAUGUGGAGAUCUUAAAGCAGUCAUCAGUAAAAGAAACUCCCACCUACUCUGAUCUAGCUUCACCAUUGCUCACACUGCUGCUGGCAAAGCUUGCCUCCACCGGUCUGGUUCAGGGUCCCAUCAUGUCUCUAGGGUCAAUCUGCAAGUCAUGUUUUUCUUUCGGCCCACUCUGCAGGCAUUUACAAUAA